CUUUUUUUUUUGCAUUCUGUCUUUAUUGGGUUUCUGCGCCAUUUGUCACCAUGAGCUGUGCAUCCAACCAUUCUAUUAUGAAUCUUGAUAAAGAUAUAUCACGACUCCCUUUUUUAGAAAACUCAUCUACACACAGACUCAAGUCAGCAUUAGACGAUGACUUUCACCCAUGGUUUGACGACAUGAACCUUGAAUAUCAAACUCCGGUCAUAAAGCCUGACCAAGCGCCGUCAGGUAUCAGCAUCGACAGUGAAGCUACUGAGAAUUAUUGGCAUACUUUAGUACAAGAUCUGCAGAGAGAAAAUGCCUCUUUAAUGUUCUCCCUACGCGAGACUCAGGCAGAAUUGGAUCAAUGUCGAUCGCAAAAAUAUGCUUUGGAAGAAAUGAUGGAAAAUCAUAUGAAAGUAACCAAUGUCAUCUUGACCAAAUUGCGCAAUGAUGCUAUUCAACGAAUUCGAAAAGAAAAGAGCCUGCGAACCGCUCGACGGAGUUUGGAGACGGAGAUUCAACCCUCGGUGCCGGUUUCUUCAUCAUGGUGUGUCCAAGUUCAUCCGCCAUUUGAGCAAGCACCCACCAUGCCAACCACGGAAGAUAAAGAGGUUCAGACGGAUUCGUCAAACCUAGCGCCAUUAGCGAUAUCAGAUGUGUGUUCCAAACAAUCGAAUGCGUCCCCGUCUGUGUCGCCGGGCUUUGUGCCUGAACGUUCAUUUUCUGUAUCGGGAUCAUUGCAUGAAUCCUCUUACGAAGAUUUGCUCCACGAAAUACAAAACUUGCAACAACAAAGACUCGAUCUAAUGUUUCAAAAACGGUACCUGACUCUUGUAAAUACUGCAUUGGCUUCUUGCGAAUCUCGAUCAAUGAAAGUCUUUCAAGCUCUGGGAAUAGCUUCGAAAGACAUCACGACGCGGUCACCUCGGCAGAGAUGGCGUGCAUGCUGUGUGGCCAUUAUUGCUAUUUAUCGUCUCAGGCGUUCAAAAUAUUCGGAAUAACGUUCUACUACGCGCACUCUCAUUGUUUUGCAUGCCAUAAGCUUUUUAUAUCUAAAAGUACAGCCAAAAAGUCCUUUGCAAAUAAAACGCAUCAACCAG